CUUCCUUUCUCUCCCCCUGGGCAUCCUCACUUUUCCUUUCAUCUUUUCCCCAGGUCACAUUGAACCCCACCUCCUGGUGCCCAGACAGAAUCUCCUCGUGGACGAUCAGGGUGAGGUGUUUCAGGCCCCAGCAGUGACAGAGAUGGGGAGUUUCCCAGCAUCCUCUCUGCCUUGCUGCAUCUUCUCCCUUUUUCUUCUCCAGCUACCCUUGGAGAACUCAGUUACAGAUCAAAUGAAAGUGAUUGGACCUCAUUCGCCCAUCGUGGUCCAAUUGGGGGAUGACGCUGAAUUAACCUGUCACCUGGAACCCAAGAUGAAUGCUCAGAACAUGGAGGUGAGGUGGUUACGAUCCCAGUUAUCCCCGGCCGUGCACGUGUAUCAGGAUGGGCAGGACCAGGCCGGAGAGCAGAUGAAGGAGUAUCAAGGGAGAACAGAGCUGUUGAAAGACACCAUCACUGAUGGGAACUUGACUCUGAGAAUAAGCCAUGUCAGAGUCUCCGAUGAUGGAAAGUAUCGCUGCAUUUUCCAAGAUGGGGAAGAUAGUGAUGAUGCAACCCUGCAGCUGCAGGUGACAGCUGUGGGCUCUGAACCCCAAAUCCACCUGGAGGGGCACGAGAUCAGAGGGAUCCGGCUGGGGUGCACGUCGACUGGAUGGUACCCAGAGCCCCAGGUGCGGUGGACAGAUGCCAGGGGAGAGACGGUCCCACUCCUGUCUGAGUCCCGAUCCCCAGAUUCGAACGACCUGUUUGCUGUGGAGACAUCCGCGUUGGUUCAAGAAGGCUCCGAGGGGACUGUGUCCUGCUCCAUACAGAACCCUCUCCUACAACAGGAGAAGAAGGCAGAGAUUUCCAUAGCAGUUCCCUUCUACCUACGAGUCUCUACCUGGGUGGUGGUGAUGCUGUGUGUGAUUGUGUUUCUCCUCGUACCAUUCAUCGUCUGUGCUGGUUAUUUCAUCUGGAAACUGCAUAGAGAAUAAGAGAGCCAAAUGCAUGUUGAAAGAGUCAUCGCUUGUUGAGCUCACCUGGAGACGGGCCAAGGCACAUAAGGUGGAUGUCACUCUGGAUCCAGACACGGCUCAUCCCCAACUCAU